UCCUACAAGCCACAGAACAUUCUGGACCCAGAUCUCACAGCCUGAGGUCAUGGGAAGUGAACCCCCACCCUCUUAAGGCUCUGACAGAACCUCUCCAAGGCCCAGCACCUCCUCCACAUUUAGCCUAUUCUGCUUAGCUAGGAGCCCUCACGGAGAGUCCCUCUUGCACCCACCUUCUCUCCCAGAGGACCCUGGCAUCAGACCGUCCCCUCCCCCGGGGACAUUUCUCAACCCUGAUUAAUCACAGGGGCGGCCCCGGGGAGGAGGAAGGAAGAUCUCUAUGGCUUACCAUAAAGAAGGUCAGGCGCCCAGCCUCUGGACCUGCGCCCAGGGCCAUGAAGCUGGGACUCACCUUGGUGUUGCUCUCUCUGCUGGCAGGCCACUGUGGGGCCAACACCCGCGCCGUGGGAGCCCGGGAAUGCCAGCUCCAUUCUCAGCCUUGGCAGGCGGGCCUUUUCUACUUCACGCGGCAGCUCUGCGGAGCCACGCUCAUCAGUGACCGAUGGCUGCUCACAGCUGCCCACUGCCGCAAGCCGUACCUGUGGGUCCGGCUUGGGGAACAUCACCUGUGGCAGUGGGAGGGCUCUGAGAAGCUGCUUCUGGCCAGAGACUUCUUCCCCCAUCCUGGGUUCAAUUCGGAUCUCUCUGCCAAUGACCACAAUGAUGACAUCAUGCUGAUCCGGCUACCCAGGAAGGUCCAGAUGAGUGCCGCUGUACAGCCCCUCAACCUCAGCCAGAGCCUGCCAACCGUGGGCUCCCAGUGCCUUAUCUCUGGCUGGGGCAGCGUGUCCAGCUCCAAAUUACAGUACCCAAUGACACUGCAGUGCGCCAACAUCAGCAUCCUGGACAACAAGCUCUGUCACUGGGCGUACCCAGGCCACAUCUCUGAGAAGAUGCUGUGUGCUGGCCUGUGGGAGGGCGGCCGAGGCUCCUGCCAGGGUGACUCUGGGGGACCCUUGGUGUGCAACGGAACCCUGGCAGGUAUAGUGUCUGGGGGAGCUGAGCCUUGUUCCAGACCCCAGAGACCCGCUGUCUACACCAGCGUAUUCCACUACCGGGACUGGGUUCAAAAAACCAUGGAAGAAAACUGAGUCCAUGCUAAGGACAGACUGGAGAGGAAGAUGGAUAAAGGACGGGAAGAUACUGUAGGGCUCCACAGCUCCAGCUUCUCUGCCCUAGACCUCCAACCUUCACAUGGUCACAGUACAUGACCAUGAAACUCUACCCCCUCAGGCUCUGCCCCUCUGACGCCACUCCUUAGGCUCCGCCCCAAGACUCCACCCCCUUAGGUCAUCUGCCCUCUUGGGUUCUGCUCCCAGGCAAAGCAAUUAUAAGACCACGCCCCCUCAGAACCCAACAGAGACACGCCUCCUUUGUUUUUGACCCAGACAACAUGACUUUAAUCACCACUCUCUGGAGUAGCCCAACCCUCAAGAUCACCUCCAAGAAAUAUCUUUUACUAAAUAGCUGAAUCUCUCCAAAUUUUACCGUGUCGGAUUUCUUCUCUGGACUCCACUCCGCGUGGCCUCACCUCCGCUGCUGUCAGGCCUGCGUUAACACUCCCCACAUGGACUUCAGACGAUUUGGGGUUCUGCCCAAGCUGUGUCGUGGGUUUGAUUCUUGAGAGAGGAGCCACUAGAUGAAUCAGAAUAAACCAUAGGGGCAGUGAC